AUGUCUUGCUCAUCUCGUAGAAGCCAAAAUUCCCAAAAUAGUGGUGCCUCCAAUGCGUCGAUACGGAAGCUGUGCCACCACAGUGAAGAUGCGAUCGUUCUCACCUCCAUGACUAAUGAUAAUCCAUGUAGGAGGUUCUACAGAUGUCCGAAUAGAGGUAAUAAACCUUGUCGCUUCUUUGAAUGGAUCGAUCAAUCAUUGCCCGCGUUUCAAAGGACAUGCUUCAUAAGAUUGAAGGCUGAAAAACAUGAUUUGGAAGAAAAGUUGCGGGACAUGGAAAAAUUUCACAAUCACAGAUCGAGUUUGAAAGAGGAUGUUGAAGGUGACAAGAAUUCUGAAAUGAUUUUGGUUCUGGAGAAGACCAUAACUCAAGUGAAAAACCUUGAAAGGAAAAUGAGUGUUUUUAUGGUUUCUUUGAUUGUUGUUGUUUUAGUUCUUGUUGUUUGGUACCUCUCCCAAUUGACCUUUGACCUCUUCCUCUCCCAGUUGACCCACUCCUCUGACCUCUUCCUAUCCCAGAGGAACCACUCAUUUGCCCUCUACCUCUUAGCAGAGGUUGACCCACUGUGGUGUCCUCUGCUUGAGCCACUGCUUUGA